AUGAUAAUAGGCUGUAAGCUAUCCUACUCUGCCCGUUUCAUAAUCGACACUCUCUCGCUCCCUCAACUCGCCGUUUUCACUGUUCUGACCGAGCUUGUCCUUCCUCAGACCAACAUGCCUGCUUUGAGAAAGCAGGAUUUGCCCUUCCCAGGGUCCAGCAACGCCCCGAUCGAGUCCCAGGACACUGCCGACAUCCCUUGCGACGAAUGGCACUUUUCUCGGCGCUAUGGUCGCGGUGAGCGGCGCUAUGAUUGCGGCGGACGGCACUAUCCUCCCAUCGUUUCGAGAACUGGUCUCGAGGCCGAGAAACAUCCUGUGAAGGAGAAUGCUUGGCCCCCCCGGGUGGUCGAGUGGGCCCCUUCUCUCGACCUAGCCGAAGAGUCGAGACACGACCGGCUGGCUGCCAUCGAAAUGGCUGCCAUACCAUACCCUCCUCGACGAAUAUCCCGCUUCAAUGACGAGCAAAAGGCUCAAAAAUUCCUGACUCGCUUGGCCCGAGAGACCAUUGCGAAGAAAGACGCGCAGACCCCCUGGGAGGUCGAGUGGUUUGAGAGUUGGAAGAUAUCCAAUACCUUCCCCAUCAUGUCACCAACGUCCACACCAAGAAAACCGCCUUACACCAAGAGACGCAACUGGUUUUGGGAUAUGCCAUCUGUGGAGUCUGAAUGGAAUGUCGAACCUUUUGCGUACCGUGGCUCCACCCAUAAGCUACUUGCUGGAGUCGAUGCCGCGCUAUCAAAGCUCAUCGAGGAAGCCGUCGACACUUCGGAGAGCGAGGACCCAGUGGAGGUGGAUGAAGACUACGUUGAAGUUGCUGCGGGACCGUCAGUUGCCUGCUCGGUGGAGAACGAUUGGGAGCUUCUGGAAUUGCUCUGA